GCGGGAGUUGUGCAUAACAGUGUGUGUGUUGUUGUUGUUGUUUACCUCUUAGAUAUUCUACGUGCAACCAGUGCUUGGAGACGCGGCACGGCGGGAACGAUCUACACUCACAACAGGCUGGAGUAAUGCCCACAAGAAAAGACACAUUUUAGGUCGUUCGGUGAAGGUGUACAGCCUGGACUAUGGGUGACAUCACAGUAGACGACGUGGCUUCAUGUGAGCAGAGGAGUGACGCCGAUGGCAUUGGAAAACCGACAGAGAACAACAAUAUUGACACUAGUCCAUCACUAGCUCAAACCUUUCAAGAUCUAGGAAGUGCUCGCGAACAAAAUAACCUCAUCAGCAGUGAUAGUAGGAAACCAAGUAUUGACAAACGAGUGAGGUUUUCAGAGAAAAUUGAAAAUGUCAGUAUAGAUGAGUCGUCAACAAAAAACGACUUGAGUCUGCAGUCAGCCGUCAGCAGAGAGACCAGAGUAGUCUGGGAGAUGAUCACCGAUGGACAGAAGGAAGCCGUCAAAUGGCCUCACAAAGACUCGACCGCAUCAACAGACUCCGUGUUCGUAUAUGACCAGCCCGAGGACGCAUUGUCCGGUGGCAAGAUGGUGACCGAUUUGGACGAAGACGACGAACCGAAUAAAGUCAUCGGGGGACGAAAUGUGUUCAAGAAUUUACUAGAAGUGCGAAAACUUGAAAACGCGUCAGUUUCAGCUGGGGACGGCGGGUUGGAGGCGGGGGGUGGCGGCGCGGCGUCGCAUUCUACUCACAGCUGCGGCUCGUUGUUCGCUCAGUGCGGCGCGCACCGUGGCCAGGGACACAGUCUGGUCACAACGUUCAGUCAGGGACGACUGAAGCACGUGGAGUCCGAUGACACGUAUGACGGUCCGGUCAGUCUGACGGAGAUACUGCACGAGCGAGACGCGGAGCCGAGCCGCAUGUGCCUCAUGGGGAACGGAGUGUCGAACAUUGCCAAGGGGGAGAGAUCUCCCGAGGGUCCGGUGGCUGGGGCUGGGGCUGUGGCAGGGGCGGGAGCGGGGGUGGUGGUGGUGCUGAAGAACCAGAUCAAGCAGUGGGAGGAGCGGUCCACGGAGCUGGGGGAGGAGGUGGCGGAGCUCAGGAAGGAAGUCAAGAGAAAGGAUCACGAGAUACUGCGACUGCAGAGGGAAGUCCACAAGUUAAAGAGUGUUCUGCAGCAGGCAUCAAACUUCUCUGGAGACAUUGAUCUGCUCUCCUCUCUUCAUGGCCAGUCUUCAGGAGCGGCUCACAAGAAGCAAGGAGUCUCAGCUGAGAGUUCUCAGUCUGGCCAGACGGCAACAGACAUCCAGAUACAAAGAUUCGACAAGGACUUCAGGUCCAAACAGAUAAUCAAAGAGGCAAUAAUGGACAAUGACUUCUUGAAAAACCUGGACCUGAGUCAAGUACGGGAGCUGGUGGAGUCUAUGUAUCCCCGAGAGUGUCCCAAGGGAAGUUAUCUCAUCCGAGAGGGAGAAGUUGGGGCACAUCUGUAUGUGUCGGCUGAAGGGGAGUUUGAGGUAGUGAAGGAGGGGAAGGUGUUGGGCCGCAUGGGCCCUGGCAAAGCAUUUGGAGAACUGGCUAUCCUGUACAACUGUACCAGAACUGCUUCCAUCAGAGUGGUGAGAGACUCCAAGGUGUGGGUGUUGGACAGAAGAGUGUUUCAGAGAAUCAUGAUGAGGACUGGGCUGCAAAGACUGGAAGAUAACGUCAACUUUCUACGAAGUGUACCUCUCCUCCACAACCUACCUACCGACGUGUUGGGGAAAAUAUCAGAUGUUCUUGAAGUGGAGUUCUAUCCCACUGGACAUCACAUAGUGAGGCAAGGAGCCAGUGGAGAUACAUUCUUCAUCAUCAGCCAAGGCAGUGUCAAGGUUACUCAGAGAGUUGUUGGGACUUCUGAAGAACAAGACCUCCGCAUUCUACACCGAGGUGACUACUUUGGGGAGCAAGCUCUGUUGAAGGAGGACUGUAGAACUGCUACAGUGAUCGCCUUGGCUCCUGGAGUGGAGUGUUUGACCCUGGACAGAGAAUCGUUCAUCCAACUGAUUGGAGAUCUAAGUGAGCUACAUGAGAAGGAAUAUAGUGAUCUCUGCAGAACUGAACGGCCUCCUAGCAGCAACAGUCUUCCCUCUGAGAUAGAUCAAGAGUUAGAAAAUAUUCAAUUAGAAGACCUAGACAUAGUAGCAACACUGGGGGUCGGAGGGUUUGGCAGAGUGGAGCUUGUACAGUGUAUUCAAAACAAGAACAAAACAUAUGCCUUAAAGUGUCUGAAAAAACAGCACAUAGUCGAAACACACCAGCAAGAACAUGUGUACAGUGAAAAAGAAAUAAUGAUGGCCUGUAGACACCCCCUGAUUUGCAGGUUAUACAAGACAUUCAAAGACAACAAGUACGUGUACAUGCUACUGGAGGCGUGUCUAGGAGGAGAGGUGUGGACUAUUCUACGAGACAGAGGAUGUUUUGACGACUCAUCCGCAUGCUUCAUCGUGGCCUGUGUCAUCGAAGCGCUUGACUAUCUCCACUCCAGAGGCAUCGUCUACCGGGAUCUCAAACCAGAAAAUCUUCUGCUAGACUCCAGAGGAUAUGUUAAACUUGUAGACUUUGGGUUUGCCAAGAGACUUGGUCUUAACAGUGGAAAGACUUGGACAUUCUGUGGCACGCCAGAGUAUGUAGCGCCAGAGAUCAUCCUCAACAAGGGACACGACCGAGCUGUUGACUGCUGGGCUCUGGGUAUACUGAUGCAUGAGCUACUCACUGGCGCACCACCAUUCAGUGGGUCGGACCCAAUGAAGAUCUACAACAUGAUCUUGAAGGGGAUUGACCUGGUGGACUUUCCUCGUCAUGUGACCCGAGCUGCUCAGAUGCUCAUCAAGAAGCUGUGCCGAGACAUGCCAGCAGAGAGACUGGGCUGCCAGAAGGGGGGCCUUGCUGACAUCAAGAAGAACAAAUGGUUCCAAGGUUUUGAUUGGGACGGUCUAAGACACCAAACAUUGUUGCCGCCAAUUGUGCCUCAGGUGAGAAGUCCAGUAGAUACGUCAAAUUUCGACCACUACACCAAAGACACACAAGUUCCUUUCGAUGAAGACUCCAACUGGGAUGCUGACUUCUAAUUUUGUAAAAAAAAAUUUAAUAGUACUCGUACCUUUUACCAUCAAAGAAUUCUACCGAUACGCAUAAUUUAUAAUAUUAUGGAAAGUGUUACCAAUUUAAUUGCUGUCAUUGUUACCACAAUACUUGUUAAAAAUGAUGAACAUACUAAUUAUUUUAUAACAUAGAGACCUAUUUAUUAUAAAGUACUUGAUUUACACAGUAUUAUAAAUAUUAAUUUUAUGUUUGAUGUUAAGUAAGUAAUAUUUGAAAAGGUGCAGUAUUUGCAUCAGUCAAUGAACGGAUAGCAAAGUAAAUUUUAACAAUGCUAUUAAGUUUUAAAUUGAGUGUUGAAGCGGAGCAAAGUCAUUAUUCAAGAGUGAUAACUUUUAUUUUAAAAGCGGGUUUUUCUUGUAAAGAUAAAUUUGUAAGACAUUGUGAUAUAAAUUGAAGUUUUGAAAUGAGGAAAAAUAUUGGUCUGAUAUAGAUGUUCAAACUUAUUUUUAGAGACAAUUUUAUCCGUAAUAAACUAUCAUGUUCAA